AUGAUUGUGCAUAAGAUUGUUAUCCUCGCGUGGCUCGCGGAACUCAUCUCAGCCGGUGGAGGAGGAGGCUAUGGUGGUGGUGUCGGUCACUAUGGUGGCGGUGUUGCUGGCGUUGUUGGCGGUGUUGGCGCUAUCGGUGGCCCUAUUGGCGGCGGCGCUGUCGCGGCACCUGACUUCAAUCCAAUCCUUUUGCAAGGAGUCCGUGGAUAUCCUGGAAUCCGAGCUCGGAUAAAUCAACGAGCGUUCCAGUAUGCCAGCGGAUUGAUCGGCGAAUUGCUAAAUCAAGAAAUCAAGAAGGCCAGAAUCCCUCCAAUCACGCAAUGCAUUCCGCAGGUCAAUGGAUGUGUUCAAAUCUACAAUUUGUAUGUUUCUCGUUACCGUUGCCCACAACGAGUCGUCAUCUAUCCAGCACCACCAAAUAGAAUUAUACUGCAAGUGCAGAAUCUGGAUAUU